UCUUGUUGUUUAGUCAAUACAAGAUAAUGGAGCUUUUUUAUUUUAUUAUUAUGUCAUGUUUUCUGCUGAAUACAGUGCUGGACACAGGCGCAGGUGAAGACUCCCUUGCCGAGCCAGAUGUCCCGCCCUGCAAGCAGCCCCACCCACCCGCAAAUGGGAGUGUCCAAGUCUGGGGACAAGGGUACCUGCUCGAGUACUCGUGCGAUGUGGGUCUCGUCCCUGUAGGCCCAACGUUCGCCUCGUGCAACCAACAGACAAAGCGCUGGUCUGUUGGCAGGCCGGUAUGCGUGGCAAAAGGUUGCCCCGAUCCCGAACCACUAUCCAACGGUCGCCUGUACUUUGACCAUGGAGGAACUGUGGUAAUAGCAACAUGCUUGCCAGGGUACAGGAUGACAGGAUCGAGGGUAAACUAUUGUGAUGGGUUCCGGUGGCAAGGUUUUUCAAUUCGCUGUAGAGCUCGAUUCCCCCCACGAGCAGGACGCCGUCAAGCUUACGAGACUGACAACAGCACAACUACCCCUUCUCCUGACUCAAACCUCGCGAAACACGUGCUGGAUGCAGACAACACCUGCUACCUCAGAUUCACGGAACCUCCAAAAGUAGCCAACGCUAAUGUCAAGAUAGAAUACCGAUUUAACCCUGUACGAAAGCAGUGGAUUCUGUUGGCAAACUUCACAUGUGACAAAGGGUACCGCCUAGUGGACCAACACACGAGUUACUAUUACUGUAAGGAUUAUGCCUGGGUUGCUGAAGAGGCCCCGAUGUGCGAACCAGACACCGAAGCCGUUGAGCCAUGCAAGAUCAAUAACGGAGGGUGCUCGCACAUAUGUGUAGACCAUUCAGGGGGCCGAUAUCACUGUGAAUGUCCCCGAGGUUACGCUUUGGGAAGAAUGCUGGCGAGAUGUUUUGAUAUCAACGAGUGUAAGUUGGACAACGGUGGAUGCAAUCAGACUUGCUCUAAUACUGAGGGCUCGUUUCUCUGUUCCUGUGAACCGGGUUAUGUGGCCUCCGGUCAGGACUGUUUGGAUGUGGAUGAAUGUCGGAGCGAUUUUCAUGACCAUUGCAUUGGCACCUGUGUUAAUGUUCGUGGCUCUUAUCGUUGCGACUGCAGCAAUGUUCCGGGGUAUCAAGACUCAAGUGAUCAAAAGUAUUGUGUAGAUACAAAUGAAUGUCUGCAAGAAAAUGGAGGUUGCACUAGUGUGUGUGUUAAUACGGUAGGCUCGUUCAAAUGCAAGUGUUCAAAGAAAGGGUACACAUUAGACACGAAUGGAAAGGAUUGUGUCGAUGUCAACGAGUGCCUACGUUAUUCGAAGACAAAGUGCAGACACGGUGUUUGUGAGAAUUUAGAUGAUGGAUAUAGAUGUAUUUGUGACGCCGGCUUUCGGUCUACUGCGUCUGGGAGGAAAUGCGUCGGUACGGUCAUCACAUGCAUGGUCGAUGUUGAUGAAUGUAAGGAGCACACUGGGGGUUGCAACCAAGUGUGUGUCAAUGUUCCUGGAGAUUUCUAUUGUUCCUGUAAUGCUGGAUUCGAUAUUGGAAAAGAUAACUUGACAUGCGAAGAUAUUAACGAAUGUGGCAUAGGGAACGGAGGUUGUGAAGAUGUAUGCAUCAAUACAGCUGGUUCCUACCUUUGCGAAUGCUCCAUGGGAAUGAAAGUUAUCUCAGAAGACCGACAUUCGUGCGUCUUCUGCGACGAAAAGAAGUUUUACGACAGCGCAACAUCUGCCUGUGUGCCUUGCCCGCCACAUUCAGUCGUUGAUGAUAGUUCAAAUGCUACAUCUGUAUCUCACUGUCACUGUAUUGAUGGCUUCGAAAAGCAGCAGGGAUUUUGUGAUGAUGUAGAUGAGUGUAUACAAGACAAAUUGCAGUGCAAUCAUCUUUGUCACAAUACACAUGGGUCUGCAUAUUGUUCCUGCCAUAGCGGAUACCUUCUGGAAAAUCAGACUCGUUGUGUUGAUAUUGAUGAAUGUUUCGAGGAGCGGUCGUUUUGUGAGCAGAACUGCACCAACUCAGACGGAAGCUUUUCAUGUGCAUGCAUGCAAGGAUAUUCGCUGUCUGCAGAUGGUCGCGAGUGUAUUGAUAUAGAUGAGUGUUUCGAAGACGAUAUAGAAUGCGAACAGUUAUGCAUCAAUACCCCGGGAGGAGCCCACUGCGAGUGCACUAAAGGAUAUACAUUAUCCAAUGACAACCAAACCUGUAACGACAAUGACGAGUGCGAGGCAGGUACCCAUGUCUGUGCCGAUGUAUGUAUUAACACGCCGGGCUCAUACUCGUGUGAAUGUCAAGACUAUGGUUUAAAACUAUCGUGGGAUCUCGCUUCAUGCUCAGACAUUAACGAGUGCAUGGAAGGCGAGAACAGCUGUUCUUCUCAGUGUAUCAACACAUACGGGUCUUACACGUGCGGAUGUGAUUCGCCGGGAUAUCGUCUUUCCAGUGAUCAGAGUGCAUGUGAAGACAUUAACGAAUGCGAAGACCCCAGUACAAACAAAUGUGAUGACAUUUGCGUUAACGUUCCUGGAUCGUACCACUGCACGUGCAACCUCGGUCACGCUCUUGUUAGCUUCAAUAGAUGUGAUGAAUGUUCAAGAAAUUCCUACCGAGAUGAUACGGAGAUUGAAUGCAGGGCGUGUCCAACGGGAUUCUAUACUGAGCAACGUGGCAGCACUUCAAUUGACGACUGUAAAAAAGUAUAAAACUAGAUUACAUGGAAGAUGUACACGGUGUUAUGUGUAUGGAUUUAUAUAAUCAAUAAACCAUGUCAGAGAAAUG